CAGCUGUAUUGUUUGAGUGCUGAAGAAGUUUGUAGAUGCAGGUAAGAAACAAUUUUUCGGAACCUAAUUUGUUUGUCAUACAGAAAACUUUGACUUUUUUUUUUUCUUCCUGUAUUCCUCUUCAAUGUUAAGUAUAAAUAUUUUUUUUUUAAUAGAGUAGAUAUAUUUAGAUAACUUUUUAGGAAGUGAUGGUCUGCUCUAUAACCUGUGAGUGGUUAUGGGGAAUAUAAUAAAAACACGGAUUUGUUUAAAUACCAUUGGCACAUUAAGGCGUGUUUUUCUAAACACAUCACCUCUUCGUGUCUGUGAUAUGAAUGUAAUAUGCAGCAGGGAGAAAAUUUAAUUUAAUGCAGUUUUUUUUAGAAUCUUUCUGCAAUAAUGAACUUAUUUCCUUCAAGCUGCACAUGUAUUUGACAUACUGUAGAGGGCAGCACUUUUAAUUCACCACCACAAAUCACUGAUCAUCAUGCAAGGCUGUAUGAAGUGGUUCUUAAAGGCACACUCUGAGGGGUACCAUAAAACCACAAUUGAAAUUAAGUUGUUAUAGUGCCAGGAGGUCCCUGGUAUUGGCUUACUUUUAGUGGUUAAACCAUUCACGCCUUGUAUCCAGUGUUUUUUUUUUUUUUUUAGCUUUGCCUCUUGUCCUUCUGCUGCUCUUCGAUUCUUAAAAAUUGAAGCCUCAUACAAUGACACCGAUCAGCUGAUGCUUUAAGUCAGUCAGUAGCCCUCCAUUCACAAAACAGAUUGAGAAACAUACCUCAUUUUCUCCAGUCAUUUUUGCAGUUGUAUUCAUAACAUUAUAGUGCCCUCUGGUCCCAUUGCACAUAAAGGAUUAAAAACCCUUUAGUUACCCGAUUCCAGCACCGGUGUCCCUUGGUGCUGGGUUGGCACUCUGUCUCCUCCGAUGUCAUCCGGGGGGGACGUAAUGCGCAUAUGGGGCGAGCGAUGCAAUCACAUUAAGCCUUGAUCAUAGGAAAGCAUUGAAUCAAUGCUUUCCUAUUGGAUUAUCACUGACGCUGGGUGUCCUCAUGCAAAGCAUGAGGAUGUCCAGAGUGUUGUUUAAGGGAAUCUAUAAUGCCUAGAAAACAGUGGUUUUCCUGGCACUAUGUCUCCCUUAAUCAAAGCCUACCAUGGUGCAGAAAGAGCCAAAAACCCUUCUGGGGGGCAGGUGGCUAAGUUGUGUUUUUAACACUAUAGGGUCAGGUUUGUGUUCAUGAAAUUUAUAGUGUUCCUUUUAAAAGCAUAAUUUUUUUUGUAAAUUUGUUAAAAAGAAUUACAGUGCAAAAGGGUUGGAGUAACCCUUUAAAUCACAUUUUAAUAAAACAAUGUGUAUGUAAAAUGCUAGUAUAAGAAACUCAUUAUUUAUACAACACUUCAGCCUUAAGCUUGAGAAGGUUUCAGGACUUAAUCACUAACCAGUGUAUUGUGGUAAAUGAAAUGGUAAAGCAAAUUGUUAAAUUUUAGCUAAAAAAAACAUGUUGGACACAAUGUUGCAAUUAGUUUUUCAAUUCACUGUUUAGGGAUUCAUUCACUAAAUGGAUAUAUGGCUAAUAGUAUGUAUAUCACGUAUGUGUAUAUAUGGCUAAUAAUAUGUAUGUAUGUAUAUAUAGCUAAUAAUAUCUACAUAUAUGUAUAUAUGGCUGAUUUAACUCUGUGCCUGCAAGUGUUAGAAAUUAAAUCACAAUAGUGAUUUUUAUUGGCGUUUUUAGUCGUUCAAGCCAAUUAUCAUGCAUUUAUGUCAUCAUUGCUUUGCUGCAACCCCUUGCUUUUUUAUUGAAAUAGUAAAUUAAUUACUGUGUUGCAUGUAGUAGUUGCCCUGCUUUACAUUCUUCAUGUUUCAGACAUGGCUGGAAGGGGAAGGGGGAGAGGUGCAUCUUUUACAUUUGAUCUUCAAGCAAUUGGCUUCUCAAGAGGAGAAUCUCUGCCAGAGAGUCAGCUAAAGCCUAUAGCUACAUUUCCAGUAAGCAAAUUAAUUUUUUUUGUCUUUGGAAACACACAAAUAUUUGUUCGCAUAAAAGAAAUGGUGUGUGUGUGUGUGUAUAUGUAUAUAUAUCAAUUCAUUUUUCAUAUAUAUAAAUUAUACAUUUUUUUUCACAUUUUUUAUGUUGGAGCCUUAUGCUACAUUUGUUUAAACUAUUGUUUUUUUUUUUCCAUAAAUCUACACUCCAUAUUCUAUAAGGUCACCGCAAAAGACAGAUUUAUUUUUUUGAACUUUGCAAAUGUAUCAAGAAGAAAAAAAUGAAAUAUCACAUUGACUUAAGUAUUCAGACCCUUACUUCAGUACUUAGUUGAAACCUCAAGUCUUUUUGGGUAUGAUGCAACAAGCUUUGCACGCCUACAGGGGAUAGUGGAUACAGACUGUUGGUAAUGUGACCACAACAAAGUGCUACAGUGCUUAUUAUGAUUGGAAACAUAAUAUGGAGACCGUGAAAGCACACACAGACAGUAGUCGAAUGGGAUAGCUUUAAAGGACCACUAUAGUGCCAGGAAAACAUACUAGUUUUCCUGGCACUAUAGUGCCCUGAGGGUGCCCCCACCCUCAGAGACCCCCUCCCGCCCGGCUCCGGGGAGAGGAAAGGGUUUAAACUUACCUUUUUCCAGCGCUGGGCGGGGAGCUCUCCGUCUCGGAUCCUCCUCCUCUCCUCCCCUUCGGCUGAAUGCGCACGCGCGGCAGGAGCUGCGCGCGCAUUCAGUUGGUCUCAUAGGAAAGCAUUUACAAUGCUUUCCUAUGGACGCUUGCGUCUUCUCACUGUGAUUUUCACAGUAAGAAUCACGCAAGUGCCUCUAGCGGCUGUCAAUGAGACAGCCGCUAGAGGAAUUGGAGGCUGGAUUAACCCAUUUAUAAACAUAGCAGUUUCUCUGAAACUGGUAAGUUUAUAAAAAAAUGGGUUAACCCCAGCUGGACCUGGCACCCAGACCACUUCAUUAAGUUGAAGUGGUCUGGGUGCCUAGAGUGGUCCUUUAGCCAUGGCAAUAUUAUUAUAAAUCUAAGAUUAAAGAACACUCCAAGUACCAUAAACACUACAGGGUGUUGUAGUGGUUAUGGUGCACUCGAGCCCUAACUACUACACUACAGCACUGGUCCCUGCCUUUCUGCAGCCACUAUUGAUGCACUACAGCAUGAUGUAGUGGUUAUGGUGCUUGCAGUGUCCCUUUAAAAUUUUCCAGUAGGGUGAUGGACACUGUUAAAUCUGAUCCAGAACUUUGGUAAUAAUGGAAAAUCUAAAUGUUAAAUUAACCUUCUGGAUGACGAGUCUAUGUAAUCUUAUUUUUAGACUGUAGAGUUCAGACCUUUGCCGCUUCACAGUGGGGAUGAUAUGAAUUAUAUGCUGGCAUUAAAGCAAGAAAUGCGAGAAAACAUGAAAAGACGGCCACACUACAUUGGUGAAGGCAUUGAGAAGCCAAGUAUGUACUUUAAAAACUUUCAAUAUCAUUAAAAGUCUAUUCACCAUCAAAUUGCAUGUUAAAUAAAUCUUUAUACUUUGCAAAAGCAUUUCAAUAAUAUAAAAUAUUAGCAUUUAUCAAUCAAAAAAAGGAUUUUGUAGACUAAGGAGACUACUAAAUCCUAAUGGUAAAUCAAAAUAACAAAAAGAUGUCCUGGCACACACACAUCCGAUUUUGCGGACUUUCUAGAAGUGAAAUAGGCAUAGGAAUUUGGCCUUUCUCAAGCCAUAAUAAAUCACAUCAGCAAGUGGUGUAUAUAUGUAAACCCUAACAAAAACAUCUAAUUAAUAAUCAAUGACAGCAUCAUUAAAAUGAAUAGUAGGAUAAUUAGUAGCACUUACAUAAAAAGAAGACAAAAUAAACUGCAGUCUGUGUGUGGGAGACCCCGGAGACCGGAUUCGAGAAAAUAAAAAAUGGCGUAAACAUUAUACUUCAUAAAAAAUGCAAAUCAAAGAAAAAAGAAGACCUCUCAUCCUACGGAAGAUAUCUCUCUUUUUUGUUUUUUUCCUUUGAUUUUUUUAUUUUUUAUUUUUUUUAAUGAAGUAUAAUGCGUACUUCCACAUUUAUGGCUCUGAGCCUGAUAAUCAGACCGCUGAGAAUGCAGAUGGCUGCCCUCCUACAACCGUUGCCCACAAAGGCAGCAAGCAUAUGGGAACGUUUCCCCACUACAUGGUCUUCACAACCUGUGGAGCUGUAGGACAUGAUAUAGGAGAAGACUUUGGCCUAACUAUACUUACUUUUUACUGACCUCAAGGCAACAGAACUGGCCUUAGCCUCUCUUACAGACAAAUUUCAAUGUCUGCUUAACCCCUUAAGGACACAUGACAUGUGUGACAUGCCAUGAUUCCCUUUUAUUCCAGAAGUUUGGUCCUUAAGGGGUUAAACUUUUCUAGAAAUCAAUGGGUACAAGCUUGUGUGCAGCUGUCAUCCCAAACCAUACUCUCCCCUCUCUGUGGUGGAUAUAAUGUGUAUGGAGAAAGCGAUAUUUUAGUCUUUGGGAAGUUCUACUAAUAGCGUCCCAACUAGGGAAAUGCUAACUGGAUCAGUCAAGACAUGGACAGCUAUGGCUAAACUUUGGGACAUUAUCUGAUGAUGUGUUUUUUUUUUUUCUUUUUUUGAAACUCAAUUUUUGCUAAGACCUAUGCCAUUGUUUACUAUCUAUGCAGAUAGUGUGCCACUGCCGCCAUUGUCUUUUGUUUCAGCUGCCAAUAGGUUCUAUUAAACUUUCUUUGUUUUUUAUUCUAAAUGAGUAGUUCAAGUUGACUGUAAAAGUUAUGGUUACUCAUCUUUAAUAGAGAUGGUCCUUCUGGCUGUGAGCUGAAGAUCUGUGUACAACGGAUUAUUCUUUGUGAAAAACAAGGUUUUCCGAGUGAAAGCAGAACUGGUUGAGACAUUCAAUAGGAAUAGAGUCAAAUAUGACUACCUAUGCAUCAAUGAUGGCUAGCUGAUAAAAUAAUGAUAUACGGUAAUUACAAAUAAAUGCAGUGCGGUUAGAAGGAAGUAAAAUAAUUCAAAUAUAGGCAUUGUUUUUAAUUAACAAUAAAGUAUAAGAUGAAGAAAAUACUAUGGAACUCAAGUCGACAUAUUCAUAAAUCCUGUAGUUUACUAGAAGGUGUUUUAAAAGGGAAUAACAUCCACUAACGCAUUCAGACUUUGGUUGCUCAGGGAAGUUAUCGGUAAAAACAUCAUUUCAGCUUUUACAUGGUGUAAUUUUCAUUGCACUGUUAUUAUUGCCAGAGACCCACAUUUCUGCAACAAACUCGUGUUGCAUUCUAUAUGACAGGUCAUACAUAAAGGUCCGAUGAGCACUUUGUGACAAUGUAUAUCUUUUAUUUGUUCAAAUAUAAAUUUUUAUCUUGCUCUAGGUGUAGAAAAAUAUCGUACAAAGUACCAUAUCGAAGCAGAAGAAAAAUUAAGUAAGGAAUGGACCCCAGGUAAUUACUUGCGUGCGUGUUUCUUAACAAACUAAUUUUGCAUUUUCUCGUGUUUAAAAUAAAUAUUUCAUAUUUUUACAGAUUGGCGAGUACUUCCGAGAGAAAUGAAGGCUGUGAAAAUGAAAAUAAAGAAACGUAACUAAACUUUGCAUUACAAAUCUACAUUACAGUGCAGAACACUAUUUUAUAUAAAGCAGUGAUACAUGAACUAGUAUGAGCUAAAAUAAAUAAAAAUAAAAAAUACAUAACCCAGAAACCACACAAAACAUGUGGUUGACAAGGAGUUGAGCCAAAAUUUGGCUGAGGCAGCCAUGUAACUGCUCGGUCAUAAAUUUCAGACUGCCUCUUAUAGUAACAUUGGUCAGAGCUUCUUUAAAAUGGCAAGUCUUGUGGGGUAUGCAGUGGAUAGUACCUACCAAACAUAUGCAGUGGUUAGUACCUACCAAAGGUGGUUCAAGAAAGGACAACUGAUGAACAGGUGUCAGGGUCAUGGACACCCUAGACUCAUUGAUACAUGAUGGAAGUGAAGGCUAGCUUGUUUGGUCCGAUCACACAGAAGAGACCCUGUAGCUUAAAUCUCUGAAAAACUUAAAGCUGGCCUUGACAGAAAUGUGUCCAAACACACCAUGCAUCACAAUUUCUGCAUAUGGGCCUGCAUAGCUGCAGACCGGUCAGAUUGCCCAUGAUGACCCCUGUCCGCCACUGAAGUUCCUUCAAUGGGGAUGUGAGAGUCACACCUGGACGAUGCAGCAAUGGAAGGUUUCCUGGUCUAAUGAAUCACUUUUUCUUUUAGGUCAGGUGGAUGGCCGGGUGCAUGUUUGUUGUUUACCAGGCAAAGAGAUGCCAGCAGAUUCAGUGUUGUGCUUUGGGCAAUGUUCUGUUGGGAAUCCUUGGGUCCUGUCAUUCAUGUAGAUGUUACUUUGACAUGUACCUCCCAGCUAGAGAUUGUUGCAGACAACUUACACCCCUUUAUGGCAGUGGUGUUCCCUGAUGGCAGUGGCCACUUUCAGCAGAAUAAUGCACUUUGCUACACUGCAAAACUUGUUCAGGAAUCGUUUGAGGAACAUGACAAAGCAUUCAAGGUGUUGCCUUGAUCUCCAAAUUUCACACAUUUCAAUCCAAUUGAGCAUGUGUGAGGAGUGCUGGAACAUCAAAUCUGAUCAAUGAAGGCCACACAUCACAAACUUGCAGGACUUAAAUGAUAUGCUGAUAAUGUCUUGGUGGCAGAUACCACAGGACAUGUUCAGAGGUCUUGUGGAAUUCAUGCCUCGAAGCAUCAGAGCUAUUUGGCAGCACGACGGGGACCUACACAAUAU